UUGACAUUUAACGUCACAAGAGAGUCAGAUGAUUUUGUUGUUUUGGUCAUUGUUAUUUUGAAAAUAGUUAAUCAAAUUUUAUAAUAGAUAAAUUACAUACAUAGUUAAUCUAGUGUAUUAAUUUAGCUCGUACCAGUUUGAAAUUGUGAAAAGAAUUACAUGACCGUUUCUAAUUAUCAUUGCAAAUAAUACUAAUUGAAGAUGUUAAAAUUUGAAAUUGUAUCCUCUCGUACAGUGGAGGGUGUAGACAAUGAAAAGAAGUUCGUAGCAUACAUGUUACAAGCCAGACAGGAUUCGACCGAAGAAAGAAUUUAUGAUCCUGAGCCAGCUAAUGUGGAGAGACGCUACACCCACUUUUUGGACCUCUAUAAUGGUCUGAAAAAAGAAUUUCCUGGUAUGAUGAACAACAUAUCUUUCCCGCGCAAGAUAGUUGUCGGUAAUUUUGAUCCCAGCCUUAUAUCCACAAGAUGUGAAGCAUUUGAGUUGCUUCUUAAUGUGAUAGCGAGUGAAUCCAGAUUAAGGGAUUCACCGCCAGCCGUAGCAUUCUUCCAGGAUGUGGAGUUGAAACAAGCUAAACAACUGAUCAGUGAAGAGAAAUAUGAUCAAGCUUUGUCAGUAUUGGAGACUAGUUUCAGACUGUUAAAUAAGGUGUACACAGACAGAUCGAGGGUUGUAUUAAGUGUGCUAUGUCGUAUAGUGGCAUGUGCGGGCUCCAGUGGUGGUGCGCUGGCCGGCCCAGUGGAGAGAUGGGCACAACUUGCCUUGAGGCGCUAUGAAGCUGUCAGUGAUUCGGAAUUACUACUCAUAUAUGUGCCUCUCUUGCAUACUUGUAUUUCUAUAUGGGAAACAUUGGGACGCGACAAGUCCAAGCUAGUGGAAGAACUGAACAAUCUCCGAAGACGGGGAAUGAAAGUAGAUUCUGUUCCCAGUCUAAUGGACGCUAUCGAUAACCUCAAUACAACCAUGUAGUCAGCUUUAGACGCAGCUAUAGUAAGCUUUAAGUAAUAUAUUUUUCACCUAGCAUAAGCCAGUUAUGUAUUAUAAGAUAUGAUAUAAACAAUAUUCUAAAUAUAGACUUAGUCAAUAGGUAUAAUCAAUUAAAUUAUUAUUUAAUCAAAGUAUUACGAAUAAGCAUUUGUAUGCAUGUAUUAUUCCAUAUUAUGACAAGUUAUUAAAAACUAAUUAAGGUUGGUAAAUAACCAAUCUGUUACAAUAGGCUAUAAUUUUCGCUUACAGAUACUAUUAUAAUGACAGUAUUUAGUUUUAAACUACAUAUUAUCACGAAUAACCUUAGUUUUUAAAUCAUAUUAUCUAUAGAUACCUUGCCGAAUAGCUUAUUUUUUAGGCUGACUAUUUUCGAUUGCUUCUCAAGAUGUUUUAGAACUACAGACUCUAACUGAAUCUCUAUUGCAAUUUUUAUUUGAGACAACUUACAUAUUAUAUGGGUGAUCCCAUUAAAAUGUUAAGAUUUUGUAACGAAAUAGAUGUGUAAUUAUGAAAAAAAAAAACUGUGAAAAGUAAUUGCCAAAUGCAAAUAUAUAUUUAAAAAUUGUUAAAUAUCGUAUCUUUUGGUGGUUAUUUUUAUUUUGAUAAAGUUUUAUUCACCUUACUACUUUUCAUAAUUUGUUACAUGUAGGUAUUGAAAACCAAAAAUAAUUUUUAGGUGCUUUCGUAUGUUAAACUCCUUUUACUAUGGUAAGGUUUAUAUUAAAAAUGUGAUAAAAUUCUCAUACAAUUAUCUGUAAGGCAAGUUUGUCAAUUGGUCGCUAUUAGGAAAAGUUAAUAUUAAGACGUGAUUGAACUACCUUUUUCUUUUUUCUACCUUUUGAGAAUUCUGUAUGGCAUCUUUUGUCAUGACCAGAGACUAUUUUUAAAAUCAAGACUUAUCGUAGUUCAAAGCUGUUUGGGUAGAUGGCGCUUGUCUGAAAAAGGUCACAUAAAUUUUGCUCUAUCUAUAUUUUCUAAGUGAAUGUCACAGAGUACAUUAUUAUAACUGGUGAAUGUAAAAAAUCAUAUCUAAGUAGUUGAUAUGUAAAGUUUUAUUUAAAAUUAUGUUAAAAAUGCAACAGAAAACAUUUAUUUUAUAGCUUUAAUAAAUAAAUGAAAGAAACUAUUGACAGUUAAUGAUUUACACAGAAUAUUGUGUUAUGGAAAUAAAAUAAAAAAUAUAAUAUUAUUUUAUCUUCAACUUUCGAAAUCAAGUCAUAUUUAUAUUUUAUUUUAAGUUAUUGUAUAAUGAAAUAUUUUGAUAUUUAAUCAGUUUUACGCUAAGCUAUUUAUUUUAGCUGUAUGUACCUAUAAGUAGGUAAAUAAAUUCCAUUUGACCUAUACUACCAUUGCAAUAAUCAUUUUACUCAUAAUUUCUAUAUUUGUAUAUUUAUACACCAUUUGUAGACAUAUUGAAAUAAAGAUCUGAAUCAGUA